GUGUUCCCCAUCUCACAAGCAUCUGCAAAUCAGCGAGCAGGUCGAGCUGGACGUACGGGUCCUGGGCAGUGUUUCCGAUUGUAUACAGAAAGACAGUAUAAGGAAGAAAUGUUAGUGGCAACAGUGCCAGAGAUUCAACGAACAAACUUAGCGAAUGUUGUGUUGUUGUUGAAAUCGUUGGGCGUUGAUGACUUGCUGAAGUUUCAUUUUAUGGACGCACCUCCACAAGAUAAUAUCCUGAAUAGUAUGUAUCAACUGUGGACAUUGGGAGCACUUGAUAAUACUGGUUGGUUGGCAGUAGUUUAUGAGUGUUUCUUUUGA